UGUAGGCUACCGUCCAGGUUUAUCCAGGCGCAUGCGCACAUGUCUACAGCAAGAGCAAGGUAACUUUUGGUUUUCCCAUUCACAAAUAUCACAUUGGAAAGCACGCAGAGGAAGAAAAAGGAGUGUGAAUAAUGUUUGAGUCACAGUUUCACAUACUAAGGGAAAAGAGGCUGGACAUCACACGCACGUGGAAAAGGAAGUAACCUGUCUAUGAGCCAAAACAGCAAGAAGUAGUUUUUAACAUUUCAUGGAUCUGACAGCUUUGUGUCAUGAAGUCUUUGUGUUUCAGCUUCUGUAACUGAGAAUUCAAGGUGGAAAGAUGCAGGAGGACCAUGUGUAUGACUAUCCAGAUGUAAAUCCAGUAGGACAGAAGAGGAUAUGUCCUCAGCGAGGCUCCUUGAAGAGCAUCAGUGUGCUGGAUCGCCUGCUGCUAACGUACCCAGUAUGGUUGCAGUUGUCUAUCAACUCAGCCACAGCACUUCACAUCCUACAGCGUGAACCCCCAGGGACUUUUCUGGUGCGAAAGUCUAGUACAUCCCAGAAGAAGAUGCUGUGUCUCAGGCUAGCAGAUGACAGUGUGCCAUCUUUUGUCAAACAGUUUGUCAUCCGGGAGAAGGACUCGACUUUCUCUUUAGAGACCUCAGCUAUCAGUUUCCCAGAUCUUUGUAGGCUCAUUGCCUUCUACUGUGUCAGCCGGGAUGUGCUUCCCUUCACUCUGGAGCUGCCCGAGGCCAUAGCCAAAGCGUCAUCCCAAAAACAGUUGGAAUCCAUCUCUCAUAUGGGUGUGGAGUUCUGGAGUUCCCAGUUAAACUUUCGUGGGCCACGAAAUGGUCCUCGACCAGUACUUGAUGCGCCUGUGGUCCCAAAUCCUAAUCCCUCUACCACCAGUGAAACUGCCAGUACAACGCUGUUUCAGGAGUUCUGCCCAAUUCACACCCGAAGUCCUUCCGAACUUGAUUUGGGAGCAGGGCAGGGAGCUUUAUGCUUCAUCAACCCACUAUUCCUACAUGAGCAUCCCCUCCGUGGUGCCAUGCACAAGCGCCAUCACUUUAAACGCAGCAUUAAGGUUCGUGUCUCCACUGAAAACUCUAGUCCACUCUCACCCCCUGUCACCCCACCACCACCUCCACCACUACUUGCAAAAGCCAAGGGAAAAGGAAAGAAGGUACAGCAAACCGAAAAGGUUCAGCCCAACAUGGUGGAUGAGAACAAAGUUCCUGAGGGAGAUUCGGAUUAUCUCCAGCCUUGUCUUGCUCUCCCAAAGAACAAUACUGCAGUAAUCACCCCGACCCUCUCUCCUACAGAGGAGGAGGAGGACUACCAGUUGCCCAAAGCACUUCUACAGGCACAAAGCAAAAUCACAGCAGAGAGUGAAGAGGACAACGAGGAUGAAGACAUUGGACUAAUACUUGAGAAAAAAAAGGCACCAUCCCUGACUGAAUUGGACAGCAGCAGCUCCAUUAGCAGCCUUGAUGAGAAUGAGGAGAGUCCUCAGAGGCCUUCCUGCACACAAGGCAGUAGUAACCCCGUCAUCCCCUCUCCUCAUUCAACCCACCAGUCUGUUUCAGCUCUGCGAAAGAUGAGUGCAGCCUUUGUGUCCUUCUUUGUGCCAGGGAAGAGAGUCAUACGUUUGGUGGAAGACCUUUCUCAUGACACGCGUAUAUCAUUUGGGGCUUCGGUACAGGACUUCUUGAGGGAGCAAAGGGAAGCGCUGAAGCCACAGUCCUUGACAACCACUGUGGAGCUGUUGCAGGGUUUGCGCCUCUUUAUCAACCAGGCUAAGGUGUUCCUCUUGGAGUGUGGAGAGCUUGAGCCCCCCAUUGAGACCCUAGUGCCUGAGGAUGAAAAAGAUCAGACUCUGGAAAAAGCUUUGUUCCGCUGUGUACUUAAACCUCUUAAAGCCCAGAUUGAUACAGCACUCUACAAUAUGCAUGAGCAAGAUGGCUCUUUUAAGAGGCUGGAAGAAAGUAUGAAGAGAGCCAGAGAUGCUUCACCACGAGACCUUUUUGGAGUACAGGUGGCUGUGCCUGAUGCUCAUGGCAUUGAGAAGAUAAAGCAAAAGAUGUCACUAAUGAGACGUGCCUAUUCACCCAUUGACAAAGUAGUUUUGCUCCUUCAGAUCUGUAAGCUCAUUUAUAAAGCCAUGAAGACCAGUACCGGGCAGGAAUUUGGAGCUGAUGACUUCCUUCCAGCUCUUUCCUAUGUGAUAGUGCAGUGCAAUAUACCUGAGCUUCUUCUAGAAGUGGAGUACAUGAUGGAGCUGCUUGAUACCUCUUGGCUCACAGGAGAGGCUGGAUACUAUCUGACGAGCGUUUACGCCAGCCUUAACUAUAUACAGAGCGAGCCAGAAGCUGUGCCUUCCAGUGGACUUACCCACCAAGUCAAGGAAUCACUUAAGGAGUGGAACCACCGUCGGAGAAUCGAGUCCAAAAGCCAGAAAGACAUAAAACAGAGGUUUGUAAAGGUGCUGUUCCAAGAUGGAGAGUGCAGUUUGGUGAAGACAUUGCAAUGGAAGGCAGGAUUCAGUGUAGAAGCUUUGGCACGACUAUGCGCUGUCAAAUUUGGAGUGGACCAGCCAGAAGAAUACAGCCUGUACUGGAGAAAUAGUGGGAAAUUAAUACCGGUUCCUCUGGAUGAUCAGAUUCAGGACCUUCAAAAUGUUGGUACCAGCAGUGCGCCACUCAUUUACCAGCACUCUAAUCAGGACAUGAAAUCCAGCAGGUUGAUUAGAGAGGGAGCUUUGGACCUUUCUGGGGAAGCUUCCUAAUGUCACCUAUUACCUUCAAGAAAGGAGAGAACCGCUGACAAACCAUUAAUGGAAAUGCAUUAAGAUUUGAAAUAAUUGGUUAAUAUGAGUACAGCUGCUUAAUUUUCUUAAAAAGUUUUAUUAAUUUAUCUUUAGAUAAGUAAAUACAAUAAGUGGAAAUCUUUUAAAUAAGUGGAAAUUAUUUAAAUACAUAGUUGUGUUUUAUUUAUAGUUCGUGCCAAACGGUUUUGUGGUUUAUUCACUUAGAUCUGAGAAAAAUUUGUGUAGAUUCUGCAAAAUGAGAAAUUAUUCAAUAUUUCUGUAAUAAUAAUAAUAAUAAUAAUAGACAGGUGUAUGAUUACAGUGAUGGUUCUACAUACUCUCUGCAUGGUAUAGCGCAUAACAGUUGCCUUGUUGUUCUUGCCUUAGUGUUUAAACUACCCACAACACACCUGCUCCAUGCAUCAUAAAAAAUCAUUUGUGUUAUACUGUACCUGAAUUAAUAUGAAAUACACAGUACAUAUGUACUGUUUAACAAACACUGGUGUUUAGAUUAGUGAUCACAGACUUAAAUAUUUGCUAAGGUUUGCAGUUUAUGUUCAGAACAACUUAAAUUGUGAUAUUGUGCAAAUCAAUGUCUAAGAUGUCAAUAAACUAAAAACAAUGUA